AUGAGCAGAAGUUUGGGGAUUCCGGUGAAGCUUCUCCACGAGGCAUCGGGACACGUCGUGACGGUGGAGCUCAAGAGCGGUGAACUCUACAGAGGAAGCAUGAUCGAAUGUGAGGACAAUUGGAACUGUCAACUCGAGAGCAUAACCUACACUGCCAAGGAUGGAAAAACAUCACAACUUGAGCAUGUGUUUAUUCGAGGAAGCAAAGUCAGGUUUAUGGUCAUCCCAGACAUGCUGAAGAAUGCUCCUAUGUUUAAGCGUUUGGAUGCAAGAAUCAAGGGCAAGGGUGCAUCACUCGGUGUUGGUAGGGGCAGAGCAGUUGCAAUGCGAGCAAAGGCUCAAGCUGCUGGUCGUGGAGCUGCACCAGGACGGGGUGUACCACCAGUGAGGAGGUGA